CUACGAAUCUCUCCGCGUUGAUCCGCGUUGAUCCGCGUUGAUACGCUCGAGAUAACCAACCAACGUUGACCUCAUCGCGACGGCGAUCGAUUGCCGUUUAAAAGCCUCACGGGCGUUCGUACGCGCCUCGUCGUCGCUGCACGCGCUUACGCGAAGCGUUUCCACUAUUCACAAGACGUAGUGAACGUAUCAAAGAGGAAGACUUUGAGACCUCGUCGCCUUCCGUGUUCUGCAAAAGGCGAAAUUUUCGUGAACUCCAAAUUUCCAUGAUUCAUUUGAGACAUCGAGGGAAGUCUCGACGAAAUUCCUUCGUCGUUAUUCAUCGCGGUGACAGACAAUUACAUUCUAUCGAGUGAAAGACGUACGCUUGGGUGAUACAUAGCAUUGAGUACGGGGCGUCGGAUGUUCGGAUCCUACGGGAGAAUGUCGAUUGGACGACCGAGUCAAUCGGGUCAUCGGAACGAGAGGCAGUCAAGUGGUGAGAACCUUGGUGGUGGUGGUGGUGCGUUGACCAGGUACGGAAGAAUUUGGAUCGCGAGGUGCCAGCUGGUGGACUAAUGCAACUCCGCGAUGAUCAGCGGGGACGAGAAGACGGUGGUGGGCCCCAGAUGGAAGAACUAUGUAAGAGGCGAAGCGCGAAGCGGGGGGGACGAGGUUGUCGUCUCGCCGCCGGCGGCGACGUGGCUCAGGUGCCAGAAGGUGGCAGAAGAGGUUGGCCUUAUAGAGGGUUUAUAGUUUGCGUAGGAUAGACGAUGAGCGUCGAGGUCGACACGCUGGAACUCGAGGUCUUCGAGGUGAAGGACUGCGACGGCGAGGUCGAAUCGACGGAUGCGACGACACGUCGCGGUGCCGCCAGGAUGAUGCCGAAGAGCAGCGAGGCAAGCGGGCAACGCAGGUGCUCGAUGCAGGAGGCCGAGGAGGACGACGAUGGCAAUGGUAACAGCCGUAGGAAGCGGAAGAAGCGACGGAAAAUGCAGCGAAGCAAGCAGUUACAGCUGCAGCAAUCGCAGCUGGAGGUGAUGACCGGCGGUAGCCAGCAGCGAUCGCAAGCACUUAUCCUCGGCUCCUCGUCCGACGAGGUUGAAGCGGUGGGCGAGUGUUCGAAGAGGGAUUCGUCCAGCAGCUUGGGUGGCGGUAGUCGCCACAACACCUUGCGGGAGUCCCUGCUGACGGUGCUGGGCAAACUGGUGAUCUGGAAGGGUACCAGGUACCGUUCCGCUACCGCCGCGUCGUCCUCUUCGUUGGCGCCGCCAAAUUCACCACCCGCCACCGAGUGCAUCGGUCGUAGCACGUCCUUCUUCUCCAGUGAAACAGAGAGGCGAAUUCGCGCCAAUAAUCGCGAGUACAACUCACAGUUUAAUUAUGCGAAUAAUUACAUCAAGACGUCCAAGUAUUCGGUUCUGACGUUCCUACCAUUGAAUUUGUUCGAGCAAUUUCAGCGGCUCGCUAACUUUUACUUCCUAUGCUUGUUGGUGCUUCAAAUGAUCCCCGCCAUAUCCUCUUUAACCCCCAUCACUACAGCCAUACCGCUUAUAGGGGUACUCACACUCACUGCCGUCAAAGAUGCCUAUGACGACUUUCAACGGCAUAGCAACGACUCUCAAGUAAAUAAUAGGAAAUCCCGGACAUUGCGGGGUAGUAAUCUUCGUGAGGAGAAAUGGUCGCAGGUUCAAGUGGGCGACGUAAUCAGAAUGGAGAACGAUCAGUUCGUCGCAGCGGACGUACUAUUGCUAACGACGAGCGAGCCGAAUGGCCUCUGUUACAUCGAAACAGCAGAAUUGGACGGGGAGACAAAUUUGAAGUGUCGUCAGUGCCUGCCUGAAACUGCCGAAAUGAUGGAUAACCAUGAAUUGAUCGGCCAGUUCGACGGAGAGAUCGUUUGCGAAACCCCUAAUAAUUUAUUAAAUAAAUUCGACGGAGCGCUCACAUGGAAAGGAAAAAAGUACGCAUUGGAUAACGACAAGAUUAUUUUACGAGGCUGUGUGCUUAGGAACACGCAGUGGUGCUAUGGCAUGGUGAUCUUUGCGGGCAAGGAUACCAAACUGAUGCAAAACUCAGGGAAGACCAAAUUUAAGAGGACCUCUAUAGAUAGACUGCUGAAUCUUCUCAUCAUCGGGAUAGUGUUUUUUUUACUCUCCUUAUGCUUGUUCUGCAUGGUCGGCUGUGGUAUUUGGGAAAGCCUGGUGGGCCGUUAUUUCCAAGUGUAUCUACCAUGGGACUCGUUAGUGCCAAGCGAGCCCAUCACCGGUGCCACAGUGAUUGCCCUACUCGUGUUCUUUUCGUACUCUAUCGUACUGAACACGGUGGUGCCAAUCAGUUUGUAUGUGAGUGUCGAAGUUAUACGAUUCGUUCAAUCAUUUUUGAUAAAUUGGGACGAGGAGAUGUACUACGCACCAACGAAAACACAUGCUAAGGCAAGGACUACCACGUUAAACGAGGAGCUGGGUCAAAUAGAAUACAUAUUCUCCGACAAAACCGGGACGUUAACGCAGAACAUAAUGACUUUCAAUAAGUGUUCUGUGGCAGGCAAGUGUUACGGCGACGUCAUUGACGAAGUUACCGGCGAAAUCAUCGAUUUAAGCGAGACGGACAGAGCUGUUUCAACGGCGACAAUGAAGUGGAAGACCGGGCAGGAAUUCGUACGUCCAGUUUAUACACCAUUAAGUGGUCCGAAUGUACGUCUUCUGGAACAAGCAGACAGGGUGUCUAAUACAACACCGGAGCCCGGUAUCAACGGCAGUCCAAAGAUUCCACACAAAUCUUCAACAAUGCCACCCUUGGAUUUCUCGUUUAACAAGGACUACGAACCAGAAUUUAAAUUCUACGAUCCCGCGUUGCUCGAAGCCGUGAGACGGGAAAAUCAGGACGUCCACAGUUUUUUCAGACUGCUAGCACUUUGUCAUACCGUUAUGCCGGAAGAGAAGAACGGCAAGAUCGAGUACCAAGCACAAUCGCCCGACGAGGCUGCCUUAGUAUCUGCAGCUAGAAACUUUGGUUUUGUCUUCAAAGAGAGAUCGCCCAACAGUAUAACGAUCGAAGUAAUGGGAAAGAAAGAAAUAUACGAGCUUCUUUGCAUUCUAGAUUUUAAUAAUGUGCGAAAGAGGAUGUCCGUAAUUUUAAGAAAAGACGGACAACUUCGAUUAUAUUGCAAGGGGGCGGAUAGCGUUAUUUACGAGCGAUUGAAAAAGGAUAGCGAUGAUAUAAUGGGGAAGACAUUGGACCAUCUAAAUAAGUUCGCAGGUGAAGGCUUAAGAACAUUGUGCCUUUCCGUGAGGGAUUUGGAUGAAAGUUUUUUCAAUAAUUGGAAGCAACGCCAUCAAGAGGCAGCGUUAAGCCAGGAGAAUAGGGACGACAAGUUGGACGCGAUUUACGAGGAGAUAGAGAAGGAUAUGUCAUUAUUGGGUGCUACUGCCAUCGAGGAUAAAUUGCAAGAUGGUGUACCUCAGACUAUUGCCAAUCUGAGCCUCGCCGGCAUCAAACUUUGGGUGUUGACUGGUGACAAACAAGAAACAGCUAUCAAUAUCGGAUACUCGUGUCAGUUAUUAACGGACGAUCUCACGGAUGUCUUCGUGGUAGACGGCACCACUUACGACGGUGUGGAGACGCAAUUAAUGCGAUAUUUGGAUACCAUUAAGACAGCCUCAACCCAACAGAAACGACCGACACUCUCCAUUGUCACAUUCAGGUGGGACAAGGAAAGCAGCGAUACCGAAUACAAUCCUAGCAGGGAUGAACAGGACGAGCACGAGAUGGAGCAUUCAACGGGAUUUGCAGUAGUUAUUAACGGACAUUCUUUGGUUCACGCUUUACAUCCACAGCUAGAACAACUUUUUCUAGAUGUUUCUAGCCAAUGUAAAGCUGUGAUAUGCUGUCGGGUGACGCCACUGCAAAAGGCGAUGGUCGUCGAGUUGAUUAAAAAAAAUAAGUCCGCAGUGACUUUAGCAAUUGGCGAUGGUGCCAAUGACGUUUCAAUGAUAAAAACAGCUCACAUUGGCGUUGGUAUCAGUGGGCAAGAAGGAUUGCAAGCGGUAUUAGCAUCCGACUAUUCGAUAGGGCAAUUUAGAUUUUUGGAGAGGUUACUUUUAGUACAUGGCAGAUGGUCGUAUUACAGAAUGAGUAAAUUCCUUAGGUAUUUUUUUUACAAAAAUUUCGCAUUUACCCUCUGCCACAUCUGGUUUGCCUUCUUCUGUGGAUUCAGCGCACAGACUGUAUUUGAUCCUAUGUACAUUUCCGUCUACAAUCUAUUUUAUACCUCAUUACCAGUCUUGGCGGUUGGCAUUUUUGAUCAGGAUGUUAACGACAAGAACAGUUUAAUGUAUCCAAAGUUAUAUGCACCAGGAUUGCAAAAUUUGCUCUUCAACAAAAAGGAGUUUUGUUGGAGUGCUUUACAUGGAUUUUAUGCUAGUUGUGUAUUAUUUUUAGUACCUUACGGGACAUAUAAGGAUGGGGUAUCGCCUAAGGGUUACGUACUUUCUGAUCAUAUGCUGCUGGGCAGCGUAGUUGCCACUAUAUUAGUUAUAGUCGUGACCGUUCAAAUAGCCCUCGACACGUCGUACUGGACAAUUUUCAACCACAUCAUGGUUUGGGGCUCGCUCAUCUGGUAUUUUAUUUUAGAUUACUUCUAUAACUUUGUCAUAGGCGGUAGUUACGUCGGUAGUCUCACGAUGGCCAUGUCAGAGGCGACCUUUUGGUUCACUACAGUGAUAUCAUGUAUAAUUCUCGUAAUACCGGUACUAUCAUGGCGAUUCUUCUUUAUGGAUGUCAGACCGACACUAUCUGACAGAGUCAGACUGAAGCAGAGACUAGCGCAACUGCGUUCUCGUCAAAGCCAGGAUAUACUGCGUACCCCAUCUACGAGACGUACACGGCGAUCUUUACGUUCGGGCUACGCCUUCGCUCACCAAGAGGGCUUUGGCAGGCUCAUCACAUCUGGGAAAAUUAUGCGCAAAUUGCCAAAUGGUGCUGAUUUUAAGUUUUCUAUGCCGUUUACGAACAAUGUUACGAAGCAGGUUAGCGUUGCUACCACAUCACCAAAGGACAACAGCGCAUCUAGAAAUUCACACACGCUGGACACAAUUAAUUUAUAAUAACACGAAUGUUUUAGUCAGUUCAACGAACACUAAAGUGCAAGUGACUAGUGAGGUUCUCUUAAUUUACUUAGAUAUGAACAUUAAGCCAAAAUUGAAUGCGUCGAAUUUGUCGAUUCUGGUGUAUCCCAUUGAAAUUGUGUUCCGAAUAUCUUUUCCUCUUUUUCUUAUGUUAAUUGAAAGGUGCAGGUGAUGUAUGUAGUAUUUGAAAAGAUCUCGUGAAGCAUCGAUGUCUGUGAUUACGUUACAUUUAAUUUUAACAAUUAUUUAUUUGAGGAAAAUUUUGAUCAAUUAGAAACCCUAUUACAAUUUAUAACGGAUGCCUAUGAACAACGAUAAUGUUAAAAUACGAAUGUAUGUAAUUUCUAACGCAAUGAAUUCCAGUGGGAUACAUUGAGUUACACUACAAUAGAAGUAGCAUAUGCUAUUUACGUCUAUACACCACUGUUAAGCAUUUAUAGAUUUGUUACGAUUAUGACUUAAAUGUUAUGUAUUUACAUGUUCAAUAUUUUUUAAAUUAUAUUUUUGCACUUUUUGCCAAGUAGAUAGACGAAAUAUACUUGAUUUAACAUUUUGUUGACACGAUUAUGUACGUAAAUAGUAAUGUGUUUUAUGAUAAUUAAUAUACUUGUAUAGAAAAAUAGCUUAUGCUACAAUAUAGACUAUGAUAUGUUUUUAAUUGUUAUGAAAUUUCGUAUUAAUAUAUGUGAAAACAAUCUUUAAAUACCAUGUUGUGAAUAAUUUUUGAUAUUUUGUUCGAAGAAAAUUGAAAAAUUAUAAUUUCGCAUUUUGGUCCCAUUUAUAUUAAUAUAAAAUAACGCUGGAAACAUUGAAAGCAAGUAUUAUUGGAAAAUGCAGAGAGGUGUAUAUUUUUUACUUUACUGAAAUUGUAAUAAUUUUCAAUCUUUAAACCUUAAAUGAAUUUUAUAAUAAUUUAUACAAAAAUUUAUUUAUUGGUAUUAUAUAAACAUAAAAUGUUAUGAUUUACUACAGAAAAUUGAGAUGAUUAUUUUGUAUAAUUCACAUGUCUUAAAAAGCAUUUCUCACAUUAAAAAUUCUAAACUGAUUGAAAAAAUUUUCAGCAUUUAACAGUAUUUGUAAUCCUGUAGAUAAUUUUUGGUUUAUUUUGUUGAAAAUUGUAACGCGAAAGCCAAUGCAAUAACGGAAGAAAUAAUUUGCAUUGUCAUGCACUUCCUGUAUAUAUAUUAGAAGUAUUGCAUAGAGGUGUCAAAAUCUUGUAAUAUCUUAUCUUGUAUUAUAUAUUAUCCUAAUACGAACAUGAUUAUUGUAAAAACAAAAAAAACGCGUUUACACGAUAUCUUAUAAGAAUAAUAGUUACAUUGAUAAUUGCCUUUAUAAAACAUGGAUAUAACAAACGAUUUAAAAUAUUGUAUCAUAGCAUUGAUUGUAAAUAUUUUAAAAAAGAGAUAUAUAUUAUAUUAAAUGUUAAGUAUACACAUUUUUUAAAAGAAAGUAAUAUAUAGAUAGAUCGAUUUAAAAAUAAUACGAAAAUAGUAGCUAUAUUACAUUACACUAUCGCGGAUAAAGUUUGCCUUGGACUGACUAUUGAAUACAUAUAAUAUAUUAAAGCGGAAGAAAACAGUAGCAAAACAAUAGAGAGUAUGUAUUUCUACUUUUAAUAUUACAAUGAAAUUUAGAGAGAAAUAGUUUGUAUGGGAAAAGUAUGUUCCACAAUCAAACUAUAAUUUUUGAAAUGGAAAACAUUAGAAUUUUGGUUGCUUUCAAACAUUGUGCCUAAUCGUUAAACUACACAGAGUUUCUCGAGCUCUCCCGUGAUAUAUAUUUCGUUAAAUUUAUAAUUUAUAUGAUGUACACACAUUUCAUUUUUUAUGUCAAUAACAAUUAUGAAAUAAGUGCAUUGUUUUAACUUACUAGUUCCAAGCGCAGGCAUUCAGUAGUUUAUACCGCAAUCUCUUUUGUAUCACGUAAUAUACUCAUCCAAAGUUUACAAUACAAAAGUUGAUUCUUUCAAGCAAAUUUCUGAAGUUUUUCUUUUGCUUAUAAUAAAAAAGAAAACGUCGAAUUUUUUGGGUCAAAUAGUAUAUUCUUGAAGAAAGUAAAUUAUCAUUAAUCAGUGAAAUGCUAGCAUAAUGUCCGCGUUCUCAAUUUGAAUGCUAAUUAAUGAGUUUUCUAUCUCGUGUUACUUGUUACAAAAAAGAUUUCCAUUCUGAAGAAAUUUUGUGUGUUUCUAAAAUAAAGUUAAAUCACAAGUAAUAAGGCAUUAUUGAAUGACUUUUGCAUGGUGAAGUAAAAUAUUUAUCAAUAACAAUCUAAAUAAACUAAGAAAAUAAGUUGGAAGAUAUAUUUAUAUAAAACUAAAAACGACACACUCUCUAUGGAAUUGUAUUUCGUCAAAUUGAAAUCAUGUCAUAAAACUACUUUGUAUCGAUGCAUAUAUUAACAUGUUUCUUCUUUACACAUGGAAAAAAUAAGCUUAUAUAGGUAGGUGUGUAGAUACAAAAAAUUUUGUUCUUUGUAGAAGCUGGAUUAUAAGCGCAUUCAUUUUGCUAAUAUUUCGCGUUAUAUUAAUGUGAUGUAUAUGUAAUUUAUCAUCGAUAAACUACUUUCAAAAUUGAAUAUUAAAAUUUUGAAAUAUUUUCUUAUAUGUGCUGUAUGUGAGUUUCAAAAGUAUUAAAUGAUUUUUAUUUUAAAAAAUUAAA